GCUACUGCUGCUGCUACUGCUGCACGACUGGCAUUGCAGCCAAUCCCCAAAAGCCAAGGCCUCAACGCUGGAAAUAGCACUCUCCAACCUAGCGCCACACACGCGCGAGUCUGGCAGAGACAGAUCCGUCUGGCAAAGACAAUCUCGACAUGCAAUGCCAACGCCUUUGUUCCUGGCAAAAGUCUCCUCGGUGACUCUUGUCGGUUUAUAGUGUCAGUUGUUCUUACUAUGGAGUAA